AUGCCUCCUCCACCCCAGUUCAAACCGGAGAAUGCUCUCAAACGAGCCCAGGAGCUGAUCGGAGUCGGCCAGCAGCAGGCGGCGCUCUCGGUCCUCCACGAGCAUGUCACGUCGAAGCGGACGCGCAACAGCACCAUCGCGGCCUUGGAGCCGGUGAUGCUGCUGUUCGUCGAGCUGUGCGUGGAUCUCAGGAAGGGCAAGUCGGCGAAGGAUGGGCUUUACAACUACAAGAACACCAGCCAGAACACCAACGUCGCUACCAUUGAGACUGUGUUCAGGAGGUUCAUCGAGUUGGCGGAGAAGAAGGUUCAGGAUGCGCAGCAGAAGGCUGAUGAGAUCACGACGCAGGGCGAGUCUACUGAUGCUACCCUCGCCAAUGUGGGAGAUCUCGAGGCCAUGGAGACGCCAGAGUCGAUCCUGUUGGCGACCGUUUCUGGAGAGCAAACCAAAGACCGCACCGACCGGGCCAUUGUGACACCAUGGCUCAAAUUUCUGUGGGAGACUUACCGCACGGUCCUGGACAUUUUCAAGAACAAUGCUCGUCUCGAGGAGAUGUAUCAGCGGACUGCUCACCAGGCAUUUCAGUUCUGCCAGAAGUACACGCGCAAGACUGAGUUCAGGAGAUUGUGCGAGCUGCUUCGCAAUCAUCUGCAGAAUGCCGCCAAGUACUCGCAGCAGGUGCACGCCAUCAACCUCAGCGACCCUGAUACCCUUCAGCGCCAUCUCGAUACCCGCUUCAUGCAGCUCAACGUCGCCGUCGAACUCGAGCUAUGGCAAGAGGCCUUCAAGAGUGUUGAGGACAUCCACACCCUCCUCAGUUUGUCGAAGAAGCAGCCUCGUAACGCCAUGAUGGCCAACUACUUCGAGAAGCUUACGCGCAUCUUCCUCGUUAGCGAGAACUAUCUCUUCCACGCCGCAGCAUGGAGCCGGUACUACAACCUACUACAGGUCUCAGCUCGCGCUGUUGCUUCCGGCGCUACCUCCCGCAAAGACAACCCAAGCAACAUCACUGAUGCCGACCUGUCCAAGGCUGCCUCAUAUGUCCUGCUCUCCGCUCUCGCAAUCCCGGUUAUUAGCACCACCCGGUCUCGCGGCGCGCUCUUCGAUGUCGAUGCCACUCGCAACAACAAGAAUGUGCGCUUGACGAACCUCCUGGGUAUGAACUCGCCACCUACCCGCUCUAUCCUCUUCAAGGAUUUACUCAGCAAGGACAUCCUGCAACGCGCCCGCCCUGAGAUUCGCCAGCUCUACAACAUCCUCGAGACCGACUUCCACCCCAAGGUCAUCUGCGCCAAGGUGUCGCCUAUCCUGUCUCAGAUCGGCGCCGAUGAAGAGAUGAAGAAGUACGUGCUGCCGCUUCAGCAGGUCAUCCUCACCCGCCUUUUCCAGCAGCUGUCCCAAGUCUACACCGACGUCAAGCUCGAUGAUGUGCUUGCGCUUGCGCAGUUCCCAGACCCAUUCCAGGUGUCUGCAUCAAUGAUCGAGAAGUUCAUCAUGAAUGGCUGCAAGAAGGGUGACUUGUCCAUUCGGAUCGACCAUGCGACCGGCGUCCUCACUUUCGACUCCGACGUCUUCUCUUCCUCCAAGGCUGCCCACGCAGGCUCUGGCGGUGGUUCAGCAGAUGCCGAGUCUGGUGCUGUCCAGCGUCUGCAGAGCACGCCGGCCGAGAUUGUCCGCACUCAGCUAUCACGCCUCGCGAAGUCGCUUUACGUCGCUGUGCAGUACGUCGAUCCGGCUUUCAACGAAGACCGACAGAAGAUGAGGCUCGCGGCAAUGAAGCGUGCCGAGGCUGGCGCAGAGAAAGAGCAUGCCGAUCUGCUUGCAAGACGUGAGGUCAUCCAAAAGAAGAAGGAGAACUUGCAGUCAGCACAGGCUGCUCGGCAGCGUGAUGAGGAGCACAAGAGGAAGGUCAGACAGCAGGAACUGCAGGCUGCUGAGGCAGAGCGGUUGGCCGAGGAGACCAAGGAGCGCGAACGUCGCCGCAUGGAAGCUGAGCGCAAGAAGGUCCAGCGUGAGGAAGCUGAGAAGCAGCUGAAGGAGUUGAAGAAGGGCGUGAAGGGCGUGGACAUCUCCAGCCUGGACAUCGAUGAGCUCGACAGCGGCCGCAUCCGUUUGCUCAAGCUCCAGGCUUUGGAGCGCGAGAAGAACGAGAUGGGUGAGAAGGUCCGUAUUACCGCCAAGCGCAUCGACCAUCUGGAGCGCGCAUACCGCCGCGAGGAGAUCAAGCACCUGGCCGACGACUACGCUGCCCAACGUGACCGAGAUCUGAAGGCGUACGAGACGAGCAAGGCGGAGACAAUGGCAAACGCGGAGCAGAAGCACAAGGAAGACGUGUCCCUCAAGCACCGCCUCAGCAGGCUCGUACCUACGUACGAAAGCUUCAAGCGCGAAAUCACCGACGCACGCCACGCCGACUUUGAGAAGCGCCGCAAAGCUGCUGAGCGCGAACUGAACCAGAAGAUGGAGCAGCGUCGUCGUGAAGUCCGCGAGCAACGCGCGGCUGAGAAGAGGAGGGCCGAAGAAGAGGAGCGACAGCGUCGUGAGGAAGAGGAGAGGCUUGCACGCGAGGAAGAGGAGGCUGCACGCGCGGCCGAGGAGAAACAGCGCAAGGAUGCGGAGGCCAAGGCUGACGCAGAGCGCCGCCGUGCUGAGCGUGCUGAGGCAGCGAGGAAGCAGAUGGAGCGUGAGGAAGAAGCUGAGAAGAGACGAUUGGAGAGGAAGCAGGCAGAGCGUGGAGGUGCACCACCCAGCAGGUUCGGUGGUGGAGGUGAGCGUCCGUCGAUGGACGGUGCGCGCCGUCCAGAGCCCGUCACGGCAGACUCAGGUGAGAGGACUGCUCCCCGCCUCAACCUUGCUGGCGCGAGUGGUGGCAGGCCAAGCUGGCGUGAACGUGAGGCUGCCCGUUCCUCUCCGCAACCACAAGCCGAAGCCCAAGCUCCACCACCACCACCACCAUCGGCUCCCGUCGCCGACGAGCGUGUCGCUACAGACAAUGCCGCGCUGCCGAACAAGUCAGGUGGUUACAUCCCGCCGGCGCUCCGCGCGAAGCAAGCCGCGGCCGGCGAGAGCAUGCCACCGCGAUCCGAAUCCCGCGAUGGAGGCGACAGAUGGCAGAGGCGUGGACCACCGUCGGGUCCCGAGAGGAGCGAGAGCCCUGCUGCGCCGCCGUCGUCGUCGGGUGGAGCUUAUCGCCCACCGGGUGCGAGGAGCGGGGGUGCUUACAGGCCGCCUGGUGCUAGGUAA